AUGCGUUUUUUCUACAACACCAUCAGAACUCACCCUUUUCCACGCAUCAACCCCGUGGCCAUCCAUAUUCAACAACGCUUAUUCUCUCGAACAACUCAUAAUUUUGGCAUUAAGAUGAACGGACACGGAGACUUGAACAAUUCCCAUGCUGGAAGAACAGCGGUAGAAUUUGCCGUUGAUCCGUCGGUCAGAAAUAAGACCCUCGCCAUUGACCGCGACCAAGAUGACGCUGCAGUUCGCCAGCAAUAUCGUCCUUUUCUCUUCGAUGGAGAUAUGGCUGCUGACGAUUGGAUCGCCGAAUUGGAACUGAGUACAGCACUAAAGAUGGUGCAGUCAGAGAUUAUGGAAAAGAAACUUGAUCGUCUUCGAAUUCUUGUUCUUUAUGGAAGUCUUAGAAGUCGGUCAUACUCACGUCUUCUUGCCCUUGAAGCAUCACGUAUUCUCUUCCGCCUGGGUUGCGAUGUGCGAGUAUAUGACCCAGCCGGUCUACCCCAGAAGGACGAUGUUCAACAUAACCAUCCCAGGGUUCAAGAACUGCGGGAGCUAAGCAAAUGGAGUGACGGCCAUGUAUGGAUUAGUCCAGAGCAACAUGGUAACUUGACUGGUAUCUUUAAGCAACAAAUCGAUUGGAUUCCUCUAUCAACAGGCUCAGUACGUCCAACCCAAGGAAGAACUCUGGCUGUGGCCCAAGUCAGUGGUGGGUCCCAGUCCUUUAACUCUGUGAACUCACUACGUAUCCUUGGACGUUGGAUGCGCAUGUUUGCCAUUCCCAACCAGAGCUCAGUACCCAAAGCGUACACCCAGUUUACUCCCGAGGAGGAGGGAAGCCGUAUGAUGCCUAGUUCCAACCGCGAUCGUCUCGUUGACUGUAUGGAGGAGCUCGUCAAGUACACCAUUGUCAUGAGACCUCACUUCGAUCUCUUUGGUGAUCGGUUUAGUGAGCGAGAGGAAAAAAGGGUCAAGGAGGUGAAGAAGCAGGAAGAAAACUAG